GCUCUGUGGGCAGCAGGCAGUGACCUCCUCACAGGUCCAGGAGCAAGCAACAGACGGCUAACGGCAGCCUCUGAGAGGCCUGAGGCACCAUGGAGAAAGGAAAGGGAGCCUCCAGAAAAGGCCGGAAGCUGGCAUCCAGCCGGCGGAGGCAGGCACGAGAGCCAGCUGACGGUCAGGAUGCCCCCGUGGCCCGGGAGGCUGGGUCCUGGCCCUCUGACGCUGAUGCGGAGCUGGAGGGCUUCUUCCAGGACUGUGGAGCCAAGGAGAGGGGCUUCGUGACCCGGGAGGAUCUGGCGGAGGCCAGGUUCAGCUUCCUGGGUGGUGAGGAGCCGCAGAUGAUAUUUGACUGGGUGGACGUCGAGAGUAGGGGCCGUCUGUCGCUGGAAGAAUUCAGCUCUGGACUCAGAAAUGUCUUUGGCUCCAGUCCCAGUCCCCACAGACUCCGCACAAAGCGGUCAUUGCCCUCUCAGCGGGAAUCUGUGACUUCCACUUUCCCUGUCCUCGAGGAGGCUGGUGCUGAGGAGAAAGAGGUCUUCCUGGCCCUUGUAGGGCAGAUGGAGACCGGCCACUCCCUUUCUGAGCAGGCUGAGAUCUGGAAGCUGUGGGGAGAGUUGCGGCAGGAGGAGCCCCAGUUGGCAGGCAACUUGGAGGGCUUCCUGGCCAAGAUGAGCAGCCGCCUGCAGGAGGCUCGGGCAGACCGGGAGGCACUGGCGUGGACCCUGAGAAAGCGAGACUCUGACCACCUUCACAAGGUGAGACAGCUCUAUGAGGAGACCGAGGAGCAGAUCCGCAGGGAGAAGCAGCAGCUGCAGGCCCAGAGUGACUCCAGGGGCAUGGCCCUCAGUGCUCACAUGCAGGAGGCCCUGGAGGCCAAGGAGCAAGAGGUUCAGCGGCUAGCGGAGGGCCAGAGAGAGCUGGAGGCCCAGCUCCUCCACCUCAGCAGCACACAGCAAGAGGCCAGCUGGGAGAACCUGCAGCUCCGGGAGGCUGAGCGGGAUCUGACCGGGCAGCUAGAAGAGGUGCGGGGACAGCUGCAGGUGACAAGAGGACACUUGGAUGCUGCCAGGACCAGGGGCCGAGUGUCCUGGCAGAUAGAGGAAGAGCCAAGUGUCCCCAGGGCAAAUCCGGAGGCCCCAGACCCUCGGGCUGUCCCCACAGAGGAGGCUCCACUGCCUGAGCUGUUUGGGGAUGAUGAUGACUGGGGCGGGAUACUCAGCAGCUUCGAAGACCACUCCCACAGAACCCUGCGGCUUUGCUGGAGUCCACCCCCAACUCCGAGUAGCACCUCUGCCCCCCAGACUCCCCGCAUUGUUAGACAGAUCUCCAUUUCCAAGAUGUCUCCUCCGCAGUUUUUCCCAGAGUCAUUCUCAGAUCCAGACCCAGGUCCAAGAAGCGCCCCCGAGGUGUCUCCUGGUGGUGCCAGAGAUAGAGAAGGGGUGGAGGACCCCAAGGGACAGGAUCAACAGGAUGUCAGUUCUAAGCAGCCUGUGGACUCCCCUGACUUAGAGGCCAGACCCAAGGGUCCCUUCCUCUGGAGUCUGCCAGGAGCCCUGGCUGGGGAGUCUGGGACUGGGGAGUCUGGGACUGUUGAAGCAGCUUUCAGAGUUCUGCCAGCCUCUGGGGCCGAGCCUUCCCCUCAGGGGCUCCCUUCUUCUCAGUCUCCAACGGAGUCCAGAAAACAGAGCCAGGCUCCAGAUCUGGGUGACAAGAGCCUUCAGUCUGGACCUGAUCCGGCCAAAUUGUCCAUAGAAAGAGAGCUCAUGGUGGAGGAUCUAAAGCUGGACUUGGGGUCCCAGGGAGCCACAGCUCUCCCUGAGGGGGCCACAGAGCCCUCCCUGAACCUGGACUCUGUGGACCAAGCAGGCACAGAGAGACCAGUGCAGGAUGAGGCACACCUAGCUAGGCCGGAGAGUCACCCUAGGGGUUUUGAAGAAGCCCCUGGCCAAGUCCUUAGUCUGGAUGGCCUGUCUACCAACCUCCCCAGUCUAGAAGAUCAGCAGCUCAGGCCUGAGGAAGGAAACUUAGGAGAAAAAGGCCAGCAGGACCCUGGAUCAGAAGUCAGUGAGGCUCCUGGCCUGGAAGCCAGGAACACAGAAUCACUCCAGCAAGACGAUCCCCUGCCUAGCUUAUCACAGGCUCCUGCUGAGACAGAAGUCCCUGCUCCUGGCCAAAUGUCUCCUCCGAGGGGCUCUCCCAUCUUGGGGGCUGGGGCUGGGCUGGCAGUGGGAGCCCCAGACACCACACAAUCUCUCCUCACCCCGGCUGAGUCAGAAGCCCAGCCCGGGCCCCUGUCCAUGCCUGUUCAGGUGGAGAACAAGUCAGACGUCCCUCAGCCCACGGAGCCAGAGGCAGAAAGCAGGCCAGAGGACCCAAGAACUGACUUAAGGGAGGCUGACCCGAGUUCUUCCCCCGGGGACCUCACUGCCGGCAAGCCUCAAGCUGACCCCGACUACCUCUACCACGUCAUCUUCUUGGGGGACUCCAAUGUGGGCAAGACCUCAUUCCUCCACCUGUUACAUCAUGACGCUUUUGCCUCUGGGCUGACAGCCACUGUAGGAGUGGAUUUUCGUGUCAAAAACCUGCUGGUAGACAACAAAACCUUCGCCCUGCAGCUAUGGGACACAGCCGGACAAGAGAGGUACCACAGCCUCACACGACAGCUGCUUCGCAAGGCGGAGGGGGUGGUGCUCAUGUAUGACGUCACCUCGCAAGAGAGCUUCACCCACGUGCGGUACUGGCUUGACUGUCUGCAGGAUGCAGGCGUAGACGGGGUGGCCAUGGUCCUGCUGGGAAACAAGAUGGACUGUGAGGAGGAGAGGCAGGUCCCCACUGAAGCUGGCAGAAGGCUCGCCCAGGAGCUGGGGGUGUCCUUCAGUGAGUGCAGCGCCGCCCUGGGUCACAACAUCCUGGAGCCCAUGAUGAACCUGGCUAGGUCACUUAAGAUGCAGGAAGACCACCUGAAGGCCUCACUGGCGGAAGUGACCAGCCCGCAGCCACCCAAGAGAACUGGCUGCUGUCGCUGAAAUGAUCGUCAGCCUGAUCCCACCCCAGACUGACUCUUCCUAGACACAGCUGG